AUGAUACAUAACGUUACGUCUCGAGGCCGGAGGGAGGUUGAGCGACCAAAUCAGAGGCCUACGCAACCCGUAGCCCACGCACAACGUUUGACCCAGGACGGGUGGACGGCUGAGAACCUCCCAGCCGUUACGGGGAAGGGGGAGGAAGGGGGAGACUUGAGCGGUCAACCCCAACACCCCAAGGACGUCACAAGAGACAGUUCCUUUACAACAAAGAAGCUUCUCCAUCAAAGAUUCCCAGCGACCGGCUCGACCCAAUUAGCCAAACCAGCGCAGUGUAAGGUGAGGCCCGAGGUCCAGGAGAUCACACGGGCAAUGAUAGACAACACAUCCGCCAGUUUCCUGAUCUGGCCGUCCUGUGUGGAGGUUCAGCGCUGCUCCGGCUGCUGCAACACAAAGAUCUAUCAAUGCCAACCCUCCGUUCAACAGACACGUCGAGUACUGAUCAUUAAGAAGAACCUUCGGAGAAGAAAGCUGGAGAGCAGCAAGAUUGAGGUGAUUCUCGUCGAUCACGUGGAAUGUCAGUGUGUGAGGAUCUCAGACUCCAAAUUCAUGAAAGCUGAGCCCAGGUUCAGGGAAGUGUUGGUUCCCAGGAAAGACCACCACCAGCAACAUCACAGGAAACUCCGCAAAUACAAACAGCUUCCGACCACUCGCAAGGAGUUGAUGUUCACAUAGAAAUGUCUCGGAAACGACUGAGGUACAGGAACCUCCGGCCUGAGAACCGCUCGAUAGCCAGACGGACAUUAAAGCUCUCGCGAGACGCUGUUUGGAAAAGACAAGGGGGUUUCUCUCUCUCUCUCUCUCCCCCCACCCCAGUGUCCU